AUGCGAUCCAAAACGUACCGAAGGCACUUCGCGGACAGGCGGUCGUUCUUCGCCUCAUACUGCACUCUCGAGCGCGUGCUGCUGCUCGUGCUCCUCUGCGCCUUUGCCUUUAACAUCAUUCCAAGACCUAAUUUCAGACGAGGUUUGGAAGAUAAGGACACCUUUCCUGGCCUCCGAACCUCCUCCUCAGACUUGGGCGGGAAAGCCAAGGCCGAACCUGAGGAAGAGGAUCGAGUGUAUGACUGGGUGGAUGGCGAAUUUAAGUCGCGAUCAGGCUCAGAGGACGAUGAGUAUGAGGAGGAAGGAGACGAAGGAGAGAGUAGGAUAGGAGAAAAAUGGAUCGACGUGGCAAGAAGACGGAGAGAGAAGGGGGGAGGCGGAGAGCUACGGGAAUGGGGAGAAGGAGAGCACGAAGUGGAGUCGGAAGGGGGGGGUUAUGUGGGGAAGAAAAGGGGGAAGAAAGGGAGAGGGAGAGGGAAGAAGAAGCGGCGAUUGCCAAACGAGAAGCUGCGGAAGCAGCAUGAGGAGGAGGCGUGGCAUAGAGUGAGAGGAGAGGGGACAGGAGGAGGGGGAGGAGAGGGGGAGGGGGGUGAAUACGCUGAACGGAUAAGCAGUGGUGGUAGUUUUCACGGCCCUGGGGGGGAGGUCUGGGGAGCGGAUGACUAUGGGGGGAAGGGGGGGUUUGGUGGAGGGGGAGAGGAGGUGGGUUUGGAGAGUGUGAGAGAGGAGGAUUUGGAGGGGGAGAGUGAGGAGGAGAAGGAGGAGAGGAGAGUCUUGGAGGAGGAUGGGUUGCCGCCUCUGGAGGAGGGGAGUGGGGGAGUGUGGAGUGAGAAGGAGAGACGGCUGUGGGAACAGCCUCCGUCCCUGGGUCUGAGGCCGUGUCUGCGCCACUCCCGCACCUACCGGAACCACUCCAUAGAGGCUUUGAACCGAGGGCGGUAUCUGAUGGCCGUGGUGACAGGGGGACUUAACCAGAUGCGGCUGCAGAUAGGGAACGCGGUGGUCAUUGCUCGCAUUCUCAGGGCCGUGCUGGUGGUUCCGGUGCUGCAAGAAAACAACAUCUGGCACGACAGGAGUGAGUUCUCAGAGAUCUUUGACGUGCCUCACUUCCAGCGGGUGUUACGGAGCGAGGUGAGGGUGGUAACAACCCUGCCGCCCCACUACCUGCGGGCCGCACCUGACGAGAAGCUUCCUCCCACUGGCUCCACACCGGAAUGGAUCAUUUCACACCUCCUUCCACCUCUUCGCCGGCAGCACGUACUCCUUAUAAGAGGCCUCGAUCAGGCCAUAACGCCCGACCUCCCUCGGGAACUCCAGAAGCUCCGCUGCAAGGUCGAAUUUCACGCCCUGCGGUUCAUCCCGCCAAUCCUGGCCCUCGGUCAGAAGCUCGUGUCCCGGAUGGCUGCAUCUGGGCCGUUCAUUGCGCUGCAUCUACGGCUGGAGCCAGAUGUGUGGAUCCGGACCGGAUGCUACCCGAGGCUCGGGCCGGAGCUAGAUGCUGCGGUGGAUCGGGAGAGGGUGGGUCGGCCAGACCUGCUGACAGGGCGGCUGAAUCUGACCGCUGAGGAGAGAUUUGCAGCAGGGCUUUGCCCUUUGACUGCUGACGUCAUCGUGCGUCUUCUCAAGUCGUUCGGAGCAACCAAUCGCACGCGGGUGUUCUGGGCGGGGGCGGAGCCAAUGGGAGGCGCACAGCUGGCAUUGGCACCCCUCUGGAUGUCCUUCUCUGUGGUGCACAGCAAGGAGAGCCUCGCGCUGCCGGGGGAGCUGGAGGUGUUUGCACGGCAGGCCAACAUGCUGGCUGCUCUGGACUUCAUCCUCUGUGCGGGCAGCAAUGUGUUCAUGCCGUCGCACGGGGGGAACAUGGCCCAUGUCAUUCAGGCGAACGUGCUGGCAGCGCUGAAAUUCAUUAUUUGUGCGAGCAGCCAUGUGUUCAUGCCGUCGCACGGGGGGAACAUGGCCCAUGUCAUUCAGUUACCAUGCUUUGACCACAUGACCACCUCGUAA